AUCGUCAUAUAAAAAGUUUUUGGUCAAUAAAGUUUAUAAUUUGUUUUAAAUUAUUAGUAUACGGUUUAAGAAGAAAAUAACUCACCAACUUUAUUUUAAAAUUUUGUGUUUUCUUAUCAGUGUGUCUUAGUAACAAAACAAACUAAUUUUAAAAACAACCAUAUAUGAUUUCAACAGGCGUUUUAGAUAGGUAUGGUGCGCAUUGGCAUCACAACCGAUAAUUAGAUUCCGCAUGUUCCGGAUACUCCGUUAACGACUGAGCUAUUUUUUAGAAAUUGGGCUCUCAGCCUGGCUGAUCAUCGGCACGGGUCGUAUAACACCUUAGAUCCAGGUCAAAACGGCAACCUGCUGUAAAGCAUAUGGAUGAAUGCAAUGCCAUUCCCUGGAGUCAGCAGGUCGAAGAAGAUUUAUGCGAGAACUCUUUAAACUCAACUGAAAACAAAUUGGAUACUAAAAAUAGGGUUUGCCAGCCGUUUGUAAAAAUCUAUCCCAUGCGAAGUGAGGACAUCUAUAGCACAGAGAAAAUAAGUACGUCCCGCUGCCCUAAAAUGGAAAACUUCAAUUGUUCCCUCGAAAUAUAUCCGGAAGAAACUCACAAGUCACAUUCCAGAGACACGAGUGUAAAUUUUGCUGAAACCCAUGAAAAAGGACAUUUACCAGCUAAAACAUCAUACAUUUCAAAUGAGUCGACCAAGAAGAAAAUAACAUGGGCCUCUAUAGCCUCUCAGCCAGCUAAACCAAACAAAAGAAAUAAUUUAGUAUUGAAGAAAAAAGGACCUGGUAUGCCUCCUCCUCCUAUGAUUCCUGGAAAGCAUGUUUUGAGUAUAAACCCUUGGGAUCUGGCAACAAAACCAACUUGUACAGAGUCAAGUGUAUCAUCAAGAAGUUUAAUUCCAACAAUCGAAAAUGAAAAUCCACUGAAAAUUGAUUUGUUGGGAAAAUGGAAGCCUAAAAACAAAGUACAAAGCUCAGAUACAAGUCGAAAACAACCAAAUACUUAUGGCAAUCCGGUCAAAAAUAUUAAAUCAUCAAACAGUCCAGUUGAAAUAAUGAUUGAUCAUGAACAACAACACCAAAACAAAAAACAAAUAAAUUUAAGCAGAAUUCAUCGUUUAAAAGAAACUUUUCAUAGUGAGCCUUCUGCCAAAAGCUCAGUAGCCGACUAUUAUACGGUAAAGUCUGAAUGUUCACAACUUAACACAUCCGAAUUAAGCGAAACAGUUUUAAAACAACUUAGAGGUAGAAACAACUAUAACCCAAUUGAAAUGGAUUUGCAAAAUGCAGCUUUAACAAGAUAUUUUGUCAUAAAAUCGUACUCUGAAGAUGAUAUUCAUCGAAGCAUCAAAUAUGAAAUAUGGUGUUCUACAGAUCACGGGAACAAAAAACUUGAUGAAGCUUUCAAAGAAAGAAUGCAGGAAGGUGGAAAUAUCAUGUUAUUUUUUUCAGUAAAUGGUUCUGGUCAUUUUUGUGGAAUGGCUCAAAUGAUGACUGCAGUUGAUUACAAAUCAACAGCAAGUGUUUGGUCUCAAGAUAAAUGGAAAGGAAAAUUCAAAGUAAAAUGGAUAUAUGUAAAAGAUGUCCCCAAUAGCCAGCUACGCCAUAUUCGUCUGGAAAACAAUGAGAAUAAAUCUGUAACUAAUUCACGAGACACACAAGAAAUUCCACUCAAUCAAGGAUUGCAAAUGCUUAAAAUUUUACAUUCAUACAAACAUUUAACUUCAAUUUUUGAUGACUUUUAUCAUUAUGAAAAGAAACAAGAAGAAUCUGUUUUAAAAAAACCAAUACAUUUUGAUAACCGUAUGCAUUCGUGUCCUAAUUCCAAUGUUUGUCACAGUGACACUAAGGAUGUCAAAAAUGAAUGGAACUCCGGGCAAUUAAAAGAUAAAACAAAAUCUGAUAGGAGUGAGUACUCCAAUACACCUCAUAACCGAAGGUAUGGAAAACCUAUUGAACCUAAAAGAAAUGUAGAUGUUCGAGAUAAAGAAGAAGUUAGUAAAAACGUUCCCGUGAAACAUUCAAAUCUAAAUAUAGAAAAUUGUGGCAAUGAAAAUAGUCUUACAGAAAUUACUUUUCAUGUUAAUAGAUUUAAUUUUAAUGACAACAGCAUUGUUAAGAAGAAACAUGGUUACGAAUUGAAUUAUUAAGCUAUUGAGUAAUUAUAAUACCAUACUGACCCUUAAGUUUAUUAUAACUUUCUAUGAAUGUAACUAAUGAAGUAAAAUAUGCCCAGCUUUUAAACUGUAAACAAAAAAAACGAUUUUUAAUAAACAACAUUAAAUGAAAAA